CAACACCGCUUUUGGCACCAUUGACGCCGCCCUCAUGUCCUUCGACGGAUCCACGACGCGUCGCAAUCGCUUCCUGGCGCGAUGACCGCACAGUUUCGCAGCACUCCACGACUCACCGCCAUCCCCGCAUCGCAGAACACCGCACCCGUCACCGAAUUCCGAUGCCUCUUCACGCACGAUGUACGCCGGAAACAGAAGCGCUGGCAAGAUGGCUACCUCAAGUUCCACACCUUCAAUAACCGUGUCAUGGUCUAUGACACGUCGAGGAAUUUUCUGGGCGAUACAUACUGGAAGGAGAGCAAUGAGGUCCAAGAAGGCGACGCGCUCACGCUCGACAAGGGAGUCAUGGUGGAGGUAGCAGAUGCAAUAGGCGUUACGCAGACGGACUUGACACCGCUCUUUGAGAAGAAGACGAAGGAGUCACCCCAGAGAAGCAAUGCCGCACCCGCACAGCGACCGCCGUCCAAGCCCGCCCUUCCUGCGAAUAACCCCCUCCGAGCCGGCUCUCAGUUGCGCCACAAAUCUCUAAAUACCCUGCUUGGGACACCCAGAGGCCCAAUUGGCAAGGCAGUGCCUAUAAAGUCGCCAUUCGAGACAAAGCAACGCAAGGAGAACCGCUUUGCGGACGAGAGGGCCACCAAGAGGCAGAGGCUGUCCCAUGAGCCUACACAUCAGACAGCAUCUAGUCCAGUGAGAGAUGACGAUGCCGCACCGAAAACAAAUCUGCCACUGUGGGCGCGGACAUCGGAUGCGAAGGUCGCCCGGGCACCGCCGAAACCAAUACGUCGCGGUGCUGCAGUCAUCGCUCUGGACUCUGAGACCGACAAUAUCUCAUCCGACAUCACCCUGCCAAGCACUCCUCCCGGAAUGAGCAAACCGAGGCCUAAGCCUAAAGCUACUUCGGCAUCACUCAGCGACCAGGAAGUGGUAAGACAACCUCGCCCUCAUACGACUCCCAAGUUGCCAAAAGGCAAGGUACCUGUUCCUCAGGUCAAGGCACAAGAGACGCCUCGACCACCGCCACAACCAUCGUCCCCGCCCGUCAGUGCUUCAAAUCGUCUUUCCAAUGUCGACUUUGCCGUCCAGCCUGUACGGCAAAUGCAAAAGGCGCCGCAGCAGGAAUCGCGGAAGCAACCAUUAAAUGAACCGCAAAAGGAGCUGUCUCCGUCUCAGUCGCCGCCUCGAAACCCUAAAGCAAGGUCUCUACGUUUAGCCGCGGGUGUCAAACGCGGGAUCUUGCUAUGUCAAGCAGUGCCCCGACCGCGCGCGAAGGCACCGCCCACUGAGCCGAUAGCGCGCCCGUUGAAAGUGGGGGCGAAGGCAAAGAAGAAUCAUGUUGGCAGGCCAUCAACAGAUGAUCCUAUUUCCUUGCUCACAGAUGACGACGUCUUUGAGUUGCAGAAUGAUCCAUCGGGAUCUAGGGCCCUCUCCAAUGAGGCGAAGGAUCAGCAGACACCAUCAGCAGCUACAAUGGGAGAAUCGGAGGAUGUUGGAGUCGCGCAACACUCACCCAACCCAUCAUUCGAUGCGUUCGACGAUUUGGAACUUAUACACGGCCUCAUGGAUCAACAGUUGAUAGUCACGCCGCCCCCUCCAAGACCAAUGUCUUCGCCACCACCGGAGGCAGCAGACCUAACGCCAGCUCCGGCUAAGAAAGCAUCCAGCAGGAAGAAGAGAGGACAUGAGGAGCUACCAGCUGUGGAUCCUGUACCAAAAACUAAGAAGCCCAAAGCGGCGGUGGCGAAAGAACCCUCAGAGAAGCCGCAACCAAAGAAGAAACGAGCCCAAAAAUCGCAAGCCCCUCGGAAAGGCUCACCUACUGUUGUACCUGCCGAAGCGCCUGCAAAGCAGCGACGGCAAGACGAACCCAUAUCGCUCAUAGAACCAUCAGAAGAACCCUCGCGCGACAUAUCCACCUCUAUGUCUCCUAAAAAGGUCGCCCUCUCCACAGGCGGCUUCCAGAAGAAAGGCAAGCGUGCUCAACCCGGUCCCGUCAAUGCCGAAGCCCCCGGACCGCGACCUAUCACUAUCGCAUUACCACCGCAUCCACUUCGCGCAAACAAAUCCGGGCCCUUAAUGAGCACUACUGAGCUCUCCGCUCUUCUACAAAAAACCCAUAAACCCGUCAGGGUUGAGGACGACCCGAUUGAGGAUGGCACACAAGCAGACAAGAACCUUUCGCCAAAUAGGAGUUUCCGGCGCUCCAGGAGUGAGAAUGACGCUCCAAUACCGUCCACGAGCGACGACUGGGCAAAACGCAAUCUACCCAAGGCGUCUAAAUCCGAUAACGAUGCCACUACCGCUGUGCAAGCACACCCAGAACCUCCGAAACCAAAGGCUGGCGGGUUAGCGGCCUUGAUCAAGAAGACAGAUCCACGGCGCAAAUUCCAGCGGACACAGAGCCUGAAUGUGAAUACAAACGUGCCUACGGUUGAGGAAGUGGAAGUGGUAACACCACCAGCGGAUGAUGAUGUUGGACCGUGGAGUACGGAGGCUUUUGACCUAUUCGAUUGGAGACCACCGGCGAAGGGAGACGAGGAUGCGGGCAUUGGAUUAUUUGUCGACAAGAGGUAGCUGAUCUGUGGACGCACCGAAGGUGCUCCUAGACGACACGAUUGAA